GGCGGCUGUGUUGUUCCGGUGUGUGGAUGUGAAGAGGAGGAGAGCGAAGAGGAGAGGAGAAGGAAAAAGGAAGGAGUGAGGGACACGUAGGGAAAGAGGGGAGGAGGUGGAGAGCUGUCGGACCGUCCUUCCCGCGCUGCUGUAGAGGAGGUUCCUCUCCAUCAUGACCAGCCUUCGUCAGAGGAAGGGCAGCAGGGGGAAGGACCCCCCCCUGGCUGCAGAUCUCCCGUCCAGGCAGCCCGGCUGUUGCUCGGAUCACCACCCGGAGAACAUCCUGCAUGGAGAUUGGUCGUGGGGUGCGAUCAUCUGGACGUCGAUCGGCUGGUCUGUUUCCGUGGGCCUCGGCCUGCUGUGCUGCAUCUACAUGGCGACGCUGCAUGAGAACGACCUGUGGUUCUCCAACAUCAAGGAGGUGGAACGGGAAAUCUCCUUUCGGACGGAGUGUGGACUGUACUACUCGUACUACAAGCAGAUGCUGCAGGCCCCGUCCAUUCAGCAAGGCCUCUCGGAAUUGAUCCACGACAACUUGACAGAAUCCAAGAGGACCAUCAAUCUCUUACAGCGCAUGAACAUCUACCAGGAGGUCUUCCUCAGCGUUCUCUACAGAUUGUUACCCAUCCAGUCCUAUCUGGAGCCGGUGUAUUUCUACAUUUACACAGUGUUCUCCCUGCAAGCCGUGUAUGUGAUCGCGCUGUACCUCACGGCGUGGCUCCUGUCUGGCUCCUGGCUGGCCGGGACGCUCACUGGGGUCUGGUACAUUCUCAACAGAGUCGACACCACCCGUGUGGAGUUCACCAUCUCACUCAGAGAGAACUGGUCUCUGCCCUUCCUGGCGCUGCAGGUCACCGCCAUCACCUGUUACCUCAGGCCUCAGCUCACACACCUGCAGCAGAAGGUGAUGGUGUGGUUGAUGUACGUGACCACGUUCUGCUUCUGCCUGACGUGGCAGUUCAACCAGUUCAUCCUGCUGGUUCAGGCGCUCAUCAUCUACACGCUGGACUGCACCGACUUCCUCACAACCUCACAGGUGACCACUCUGUACCUGGUCCAGGUGAGCAGCCUGCUGACUGUUUGGCUGCUGCAGUUCUGUAACUCCAUGAUCUUAGGAUCUCUGGUCCUGAGCUUCAUCGUGGCUGCGCUCUUCAUCAGGCACUGCCAGCCCGGGCUGAAGACGGGAAGCCUGCUGGUCCGUGUGAGCAAAGUGAUCCUCCACAGCACCAUGGUCCUCCUCCUCACCGUCACCAUCAACUACCUGGCAAAGAAAGCUCUUCAGCUCAGAUCAGACGAGCACAUCUUCAAAUUUAUCAAGUCAAAGUUCGCGUUGGGCCCGACCAGGGAUUUCGAUGCCAGCUUGUACCUGUGCGAGGAGGCGUUCGGCGUGCUGCCGCUGGACACUCUGGAGCGCAUGGCGGGCACCCUGCUGGUGUACCCGUACGUCAUCACCCUGCUGCUGCUCGGCGCCAUGCUGCUGGUGGCAGCGCUGCACAACCUCAGCCGGCACAAAGGAGCUUCAGCCGAGGAGAAGAAAGGAGCCGUGGAGGGCCGAGUGGUGGCUCUACGCCCGGACUUGGCCUAUAAUCUGUUGCACACGCUCUUCUACGGCCUCCUGGCUUUCAGCACUAUGAGGAUGAAGUAUAUCUGGACGGGCCACAUGUGCGCGGUGGCAGCCUACGGUGUGUGCGGGACCGAGCUGUGGACGCUGCUCCUCAACGCCGUCCGCUGCAACAGCAGGACUCUGUUAAGGCUCGUCAGAUACGGCGUUCCUCUGGUGAUGAUCGGCUGCCUGUAUUACAAGUUCUGGCCGAGGCUGAUGGAGGAGCUGUCCGAGCUGAGGGAGUUCUACGACCCGGACACGGUGGAGCUCAUGACCUGGAUCAGCACAAAGACCCCCAAGCAGGCGGUCUUUGCGGGAAGCAUGCAGCUCCUGGCUGGCAUCAAGCUGUGCACAGGUAGAGUUCUCACCAACCACCCCCAUUAUGAAGAUAAAGACCUGCGGGAGAGGACCAGACAGGUGUACCAGGUGUACGCUCGCCGCUCGCCUGAGGAGGUGUUCGACAUCCUGAGGGCCGCCGGGGCCGACUACGUGGUGCUGGAGAACAGCAUCUGUUACGAGCGGAGGCACAGGCGAGGCUGCAGACUGCGGGACCUGCUCGACCUGGCCAACGGACAUAUCAUGGACGGACCCGGAGACAACGACCCCGACCUCGUCCCCGCCGGCCACCCGCGGUUCUGCGAGGCCGUCAAGGCGGACCAGGCGGCCUACACCGCGCUCUUCACCAGAACCUUCCAGAACAAAACCUUCCACGUGUACCGGCUCAAGAAGAAACGCAAGAAGAGCGCCAGGAGCUCGCCGGAGCCCAGCGGGACUCAGUAGAAGUUCCCCAGCAGACGCCGGAGGGACGGCGGGACGAGAAAGGCGUGCGCUGAACCCGGCCGCUCGGACCAUGAUUUUUUAAACGCGUGGCUCUUUGAACUGCAGCGCGGGAGCAGCGGGCCGCUCUGAGCUCGGGGCGCCAAUGUCUUAGUUAGUGGAGAGUGGAGUCCUGCUCUGGGCUCUUCUGCCUGCACUCGUACAAAACAACAACACGAAAAAAAUAUAAACAAGGCCCCGUUUACACGACAAGAAAAAAGACAAAUUUCCCAAAUGAGAAUCUUUGGCCCAGUAACCAGGAAGUGAACUCCACUCGUCCACAUGUAGCCACUUCCUGCUGGUUCCUUUUUUACUUUGACUUCUUCGCCCAAUAGCAGUAACAGUAAAUAACUGAGGAGAGCCGAGAAUCAUGGGAGAUUCAUGACAUCGAAAUGGCCACCCCGUGGAUCUCGGAUGAAUCGCUGCUCACCUCGGUUAAUUUAGCUGAAAUUUAGACUCUACUCGUCCAGAUGUGUUAUUCUGGGUGAGUAACGGCAGCUUUUAGCUCGUCCAGACGGGAAUUUAACGAGUUCAGACGAUGUUUCAAGCAGACUGAUGUCCGUUUACACGAAAAAUACCACAAACGAUGUACCGUAUUUUCGGCACUAUAAGGCUCGCUGGAUUAAUAGGCGCACAGUCAGUGAAUGGUUUUUAUUAAAAAAAAAUCAUACAUGGGGCGCACCACAUUUUAAGGCAUAGGAUGU